CUCGGGAUCCGACCCGUAUUGGUUUAACCCCAAAUCACUCUAUAAAUCUGAAAAGAACGAAGCUUUACCUCUCGGCUCUUUCACAUUUUCGCUUACUGCUCUUUGUCGCUGUCUCUCAUUCAAUCACUCGGCUCGGAGGUUCUGUUUUGACCGUAAGAGAUGUCAAACCAGACUGAAGAAGCUGCUGCUCCAACUGCCCAGAUGGUGGGUAAUGCUUUUAUUCAGCAAUACUAUCUGGCCUUGCAUCGGUCUCCUGAUGUCGCCCACAAGUUUUAUUUAGACUCCAGUGUGCUUACCCGACCUGGGCCAGAUGGUGUAAUGACCUCAGUAACUAGCAUGGAAGAGAUCAACAAGCUGAUCCUCUCUUUAAAUUACCAGAAUUAUCAGACUGAAAUUCUGACAGCUGACGCUCAGUAUUCAAAUGGGGAUGGGGUGAUGGUUCUUGUAACUGGUUAUUUAACGAGAAACAACUAUGAGAAAAGAAUUUUUGCACAAACAUUUUUUUUAGGCCCCCAACAGAAAAGCUAUUUUGUGCUGAAUGAUCUAUUUAGGUUUAUUGACGAGUCUACUGAUGCUAGUGGAAGCUCUCCUACACAUUCUCCAAAACCAACUGUUGAAUCAUCUCUUCUUGCUGAUGACCCUGUGCUGUGUGAAAUUACAUCUGUGGAGGUGGUUGAAAAAGAAAUUGAAAUUGUGGACAGCCAAAAGGCUUCAAUUUCUGAUAAAGAUGAUGUUGCCGAAGAAAGCUUUAUGGUUGAACAGAGUGGUCAAGCUGAGGAAAAUGUUAUCACUGAGAAGUCGGUUGAGAAUCUUUGCACUGAUAAUGUUCUCGCUGAGGAUUCUGCUGAUAAUAUUAUCAUUGUGGACUCGGUUGAGUCAAAUCAGAAUGUAGCUUGUUCUGUUACUGAGGCAGCUGUUCCUAAUCAUCAGGAGGAUGCUCCCAAGAAGUCCUUUGCGUCAGUGGUGAAUGCCCUGAACAAAAACAAGACGCCUUUUCAGCUGAGGGCUCCUCUGCCCAAACAUGUGGAACAGGCUCGAGUACCUGUCGUGGUACAGGAAGCACCAGCUCCUGUUGUGAACAGUUCCCCAGAAAAAAACAGUAAUAAUGCUGCAGCCAAGGCUUAUGCCAUAUUUGUUGCUAAUCUGCCUAUGAGUGCAACAGUGGAGGAACUUGGAAAGCUGUUCCAGCAAUUUGGCCCCAUUAAGCAUGAUGGGAUCCAAGUACGAAGUAGUAAGCAACAGGGAACAUGUUUUGGAUUUGUUGAAUUUGAAUCUGCAAGUUCAAUGCAAAGUGCUCUGGAAGCCUCUCCUAUAGUUUUUGCAAAUAGAAAAUUGUCCGUUGAAGAACGACGGGCUAAUAACGACAGACGGAAUACUCUCCGGAGCCGCGACAACUACAAUGGCGGGAACCGUCGUUAUGGGCGAGGUGAGUUCUCAGGCCGAGCUAGGGGUGGUGGACGCAAUGGAGAUUCGUACCAGAAACCCUAUUCAAAUGGUGGAGAGAAAGUUGCCCAGCCAACAGUCAAGGUGGCUUAAUUAGGCUUUUAUGUUUUUUGUAUCGUUUAAUUUACGAGAAGAUUCUUUUUAAUUCUACGAGGAUAGAGAGGUUUUAGUAACCCAGCGGCAAUUUAGGGAUUGUUUUUAAGAUUGAUAGUUUUUUUUGGUGGGGGUGGGGGGCUUGAUUUUGUUCUUAGUAUUUUUACUUUUAGCAAAAAUUUUCUUUUUUUUUUUAUGGAAAAAAAACUUUACCCUUUAAUAGUUAUUGUUUUGUAACUAUAUUAAUCUUCCGAAUAAUUCAAUUUGGCAAAGGUGAUAGAUAGUUUGGCUUUGAGGUUA